UGACAUGAAUGGAAACACACUCGAAUCGGGUAUGAGAAGUGUGGCAUUGCGCCAACUCGAAGACUUCUUACCUGAUCGUGAUUUCCUUUGCGCCGUGGCACGCAAGAUAAAUGACCAGCGACAUUUAUCUAUCUCCCAGGCUGUCGAAUCAUUAAAUUCUCACACCUAAUCCUGCGAGCGAACACAUCAUUGUCAGUAUGCCCAACAAUAUCAAUGCAGAUACCGAGGUCGUUAUCUCCUCAGCUCUCAACGGCAUCGGGGGCAACCCCUACGUGGGCAUUCCCCUGAACCGACCUACCCGCCUACCAGUCAAAUUGAUUGAGAGGAUUCCCGGUGUCCGACCUCCACGGUUCAUCUUUACGCGGGUCGAAGACGAAAUAUACACGCUUACCAUCAAUGGGUUAAAUGUCGUCGAGCAGCAAGGGAAGUUGUUUGCCGCGGUGGAGGAACCCGCGCAAGAGUGGGUGGUUAGAUACAGAGCAUUUCACGAUGCCUAUACGAUCGUCAAGAGACUUGAUUCCCGAGAAGAAAUUGGGUGGAUGGCUCCGACUCAAGAUGGCGACCGGCAGAUCCGCAUCGGACGCCUUGGGGAGAUCCCGACAGUCCCACCUGGCUACCUCGACCGGGAGUUAUAUAGGUUCGCGUUCCCUGAAGAGUGAACAAAGGAUCGGAGAGUCAAGGCGGCGUGCUGAGCAUGUUUGUCGGUGUAAGAAGACACAGUGUCGUGUAAAUCCUCAACCGUUGUUGUCUAUG